ACACAGCGCUUAAAAACUACAAAACCCAACUGUAUUACUACUUCCGGUGAGUUUUGCGUAACGUCGUUAGCAAAGGGACGCAACUGACUUCACUUGCAAGGUGGUCUCCCGCCACAACUUCUGAUGCUGCCCAGUGUCCUCCGCUGUGCUCGGCCCGCCUCCACCAGUCUUGCCUUAACCCGGCCUCUGGCCCACUUCAGACCACACAUGGACCCAGACCCCAGCCGACCCGUUGAGAGGACUAUCAGAACCAAACUGACCGACUCAUUCAAGCCGGACCACUUAGAGGUGCACAAUGAGAGCCAUAUGCACGCCGUGCCCCCCGGUUCUGAAUCGCAUUUCCGUGUUCUGGUUGUCAGCUCCCAGUUUGAGGGUCUGCCAUUGAUACAGCGUCACCGUCUGGUUAAUGAGGCUUUGAAGGAGGAGUUGAGCAACUGCAUUCAUGCACUGGCUAUCCAGGCAAAGACUCCUGCGCAGUGGGGGAAUAACCCCUCCCUGGCUAAGAGUCCACCCUGCAUGGGAGGCUCAAGGGGAGAUCACACAAUGGCGGAGAAACUGAAGGCCGGGCGAGAGUGAAGUGUCAAACUAUGAAGCAGUUGUACACUUGCUGUUGGACUGAACUGUGAAGAAUGCUGGUGGGUGUUGUAGAAGAGGUAUAAAGAUGAGUGAUUCCUCUUUACACAGUGAUAUUUGGAGGUAUUCUUUAAUUUUAAUGAUACAUUCUUGACUUAAUGGCACUCAGGACUCUGUUGCAGAUUAUAAUACAGAAAUAUGUUUCUAUAGUUACUCUUAUGCGGCACCACUGCUGAACAAAUACAUUAUUAUGCUCCUGAUCAUAGCUCUCAGUCUCUGUCUGAAAUGCUAAUUUUACUUUCAGAGAAGCCCCUAUUGCCUAAUAAACAAUGGCAUUUACUGUGUCAUAGAGAUGUUUGUGCGUCAGUAUGUCUAUUUCAGUUCUGAUCUGAAAGUAUGUCUGUGUGAUAGUAUCACAGGCCAAAAGUCAAAAUGGAAGGUCAUGUCUGCAUUUCUGCAUGUGAAUGAAAAUAAACAGUGUCCUUAAAAAUUGUAAAUACA